GUUGGGUUUAGUAGCUCACACGUAUGACGUUUUAAUUUACCAUUCAUUCACAUAGAACAAACCCUAAGUAGACGGCGAUGGAAUCAUGCGGAUCCUUAUUUUUCUGCAAGACCAAUUUCUGCAACCUUAACUAGUAAUUGCUACUUUUAUACCUAAUUCGUUUUAAAUUAUUCAUAUUCAGGAUUCGGAUUAUGGUUAAUGUGCUGCUAUUGGUGAGUUUUGGUUGUGAAUGAAGCUGAGUUCUUGAGGCGAUUGCGGGAGAACAUGGAAUUUUCUAUUUUAUUGUUAGGAUAACGAAGGAUAAGUUUUCGUACUGGUAAAGGCAACAGAAGUUGAGUAGUUGCUGCGGCACGAUUUAUAACAACUUCAAAUGGCAUCUCAAAAUGAAGGAACUAAGCACGUGCAAAAAAAGAGGGCAAUGAAGAUCCAUUACAGUCUGAGAUGUUUGUUGUAACUCGUACUAACAAGAAAGGAAAGACGGAUUCGGGAACACAAGAGACGAUUGAUCAUCUUCAAAAUUUGAAGCAAGCUGGAUACAGUGAUGAUGAAGCGCUUCAAACGGUUUUUGGAAAGGAGAGACAUGGUAGAGUUCGUUUCUAUGGUCGAUCAGUCACAAAAUCCUCUCUUAAAAAGGAUAAGCAAAUCCGACAAAUGCAACAACAACAUGCUGAAGUGGUUUCAACUAUGGAGAAAAAUCAAAAUAACUUGACUUCCAAGUUGGAUGGUUUAACAAGCUUGAUCAAAACGGUGUUGCAACAAGUUAAUCCUGGUAUGAGUGCAGAACAAGUGCAAGUAAUGAUAGAAGCUGCCCAACAAUCUCCGCCUGAUGCAAGUAGUGCACCAAAUGAUGCGAGGCGAAGCAUUCCUCCUUCACUGGGAUCGAACCAUGUGUCAAAAGAUAUGGAACAGGAGGAUAUGAUGUGAAGAAAAUGUGUUCUAUACAAAUAUAAGAUGGGAUGGGUCUUAUAAUAAUUUUGGUUAUCUAAAUGUAUUAUUUUGAUGUGUUCUUCACAGAUAUGGCUAUGGUCACAGUUUUUGGUGGAGUGACCAUAGAGGC